AUGCCGUAUGGGCUAAUGGGCAUCAUUGUCGAGAAGAAAUCGGCAGUGUUGAACCUGCCCGGCUCGCGUGAGAAACAAGUCCCUGUCAACGCCGACCACAGCUCAAUUUGCAAGUUCGAUUCACCUGACGAUCCGGAGUGUCAGCUGGUUCUGGGAACAAUUGCAGAGGAGCUACGUCGUGCCGUAGAGCCACGUCAUAUUAUAGAGCCAGGACCGUUCUCAAAGGAGGACCAGCAAUGCCUAAAGCAGCUGCGCCUUACCGAUCCGCGCGUCGAUAAGCUACGGAUUGAACGCACUAAAGGCGGUCUCUUGCAGGAGUCAUAUCGCUGGGUCCUCAAGAACCGUGACUUUCAGCAAUGGCAAAAACAGGGCAGCGGCGUCGGCAGUAAACGCGGAGAGGGCCAUGACCAUAACCACGGCCACGGCCACGACUAUGAUCCAGAGAGCCGGCUCCUCUGGGUGAAGGGCGACCCCGGCAAGGGCAAGACAAUGCUGCUAUGCGGUAUUAUUGACGAGUUAAGCAAAUCCGCCGACUCUGUUUUGUCUUUCUUCUUCUGUCAGGCCGCCGAUUCUCGUGUCAAUAAUGCUACUGCCGUACUCCGCAGCCUAAUCUACCUGUUUGUCGACCAACAACCAUCUCUUCUCCCUCAUGUACGGAGUGAGUACGACCGCGCUGGAGAAACCUUCUGCAAAGAUCCAAAUACCUGGGACACCUUAACGAAAAUCUUGACUAGCAUUCUGAGAGACCCAGGCCUAAAAAUGGCUUAUAUUGUCAUUGACGCCCUUGAUGAAUGCGUGGUCGACCGGGUGCAACUCCUCAAGUUGAUUCUCGAGAAGUCAUCUACUUCCUCCCGUGCCAAAUGGGUUGUCUCUAGCCGCAACUGGCCACAAAUUGAGGGACUGUUGGGAACAAUACCGCAAAAGUCAAUACUAAGCCUCGAGUUGAACGUCGAAUCCGUCACCGCCGCCGUCGAAGCGUUUAUUCGGCAUAAUGUUCUGUACCUUUCACAACUGAAAGGUUACGACACCGAGAUAGAGAAUGCCGUAUAUCACUAUCUCUCUUCCAACGCAGAUGGGACCUUCCUCUGGGUCGCCUUGGUCUGCCAGGCACUCGCCGACCCGAACGUUCAAGAAUGGCAAACGCUAGACAAGCUAUACGUAUUCCCGUCAGGGUUAGACCCUUUAUAUGAGCGAAUGAUGAAGUAUGUUAACGACUUGGACGAUGCGGACCUUUGUAAGCGAAUUCUUGCUACCGUUACCGUUGUUCGCCGACCCAUUAACCUGCGUGAGCUUAUUACACUCACCGAAGUGCCAAAGAACGUUUUAAAGAAACCGGAGUACCUGGAAAAACUUAUAAAGCUUUGUGGCUCGUUUUUACAUCUCCGAGAACAAGUUAUUUACUUCGUCCACCAAUCAGCCAAAGACUUCCUACAAGGAAAGGCCGCGCACCAAGCUUCUCAAAAGGCUUUCAACUUGAUCUUCCCUCAAGGGCCGGAAGAUGUACACCACAUCAUCUUCUCAAGGUCGCUCAAUGCGAUGUCCGCGAUAUUGCGACGCGAUAGCUACGGCUUAAAGGCACCGGGAUUCCCAAUUGACAAGGUUCAAACGCCAACUUCGGACCCACUGGCUACAGUACGGUACUCAUGCGUUUUCUGGGUUGACCAUCUCCGCGACUCGAUUUCCGAUAAAGACGCGCUGCAACGUAACACAUUAGAUGCGAUCCAGACUUUCGUUGAGCAGAAAUAUCUUUACUGGCUCGAAGCUCUCAGUUUACUCCGAGCAAUAUCGGAAGGUGUUAUCGCCAUAAGACAGCUUGACGAUCUACUGGGACGUACCGGUAGCAGCCAACUUAACAAACUUGUUUGGGAUGCAUACCGGUUUACUCUGGCUUACGGACGGGUAGUAGAGCAAGCCCCUCUUCAAGCGUACACGUCAGCGAUUGUAUUCGCCCCAACUAGUAGUUUGGUAAAGAGAAAUUUCAGGGCAGAUGAGCCUGACUGGAUUAGUACCAAGCCGGUUGUAGAAGCGAAUUGGAAUGCAUGCCUACAGACAUUAGAAGGCCAUCGCGACCGGGUUCACUCGGUCGCCUUCUCGCCGGAUGGCCAGCGGCUUGCCUCGGGCUCGGACGAUAAAACGGUCAAGAUCUGGGAUCCCGCGUCGGGGCAGUGUUUACAGACGUUAGAAGGCCAUUACGGCUCGGUUCACUCGGUUGCCAUUUCGCCGGAUGGCCAGCGGCUCGCCUCGGGCUCGGGUAAUAAAACGGUCAAGAUCUGGGAUCCCGCGUCGGGGCAGUGUUUACAGACGCUAGAAGGCCAUCACGACUGGGUUAACUCGGUCGCCUUCUCACCGGAUAGCCAGCGGCUCGCCUCGGGCUCGGGCGAUAAAACGGUCAGGAUCUGGGAUCCCGCGUGGGGGCAGUGUUUACAGACGUUAGAAGGCCAUCGCGGCUGGGUUUACUCGGUCACCUUUUCGCCGGAUGGCCAGCGGCUUGCCUCGGGCUCGCGCGAUAAAACGGUCAAGAUCUGGGAUCCCGCGUCGGGGCAGUGUUUACAGACGCUAGAAGGCCAUCGCGACUGGGUUAACUCGGUCGCCUUCUCACCGGAUAGCCAGCGGCUCGCCUCGGGCUCUGGCGAUAAAACGGUCAGGAUCUGGGAUCCCGCGUCGGGGCAGUGUCUACAGACGUUAGAGGGCGAUCGCGGCUGGGUUAACUCGGUCGCCUUUUCGCCGGAUGGCCAGCGGCUUGCCUCGGGCUCGAGCGAUAAAACGGUCAAGAUCUGGGAUCCCGCGUUGGGGCAGUGUUUACAGACGUUAGAAGGCCAUUACGGCUCGGUUUACUCGGUUGCCUUUUCGCCGGAUAGCCAGCGGCUCGCCUCGGGCUCGGGCAAUAAAACGGUCAAGAUCUGGGAUCCCACGUCGGGGCAGUAUUCACAGACGUUAGAAGGCCAUCACGGCUCGGUUUACUCGGUCGCCUUUUCGCCGGAUGGCCAGCGGCUUGCCUCGGGCUCGGACGAUAAAACGGUCAAGAUCUGGGAUCCCGCGUCGGGGCAGUAUUUACAGACGUUAGAAGGCCAUCGCGACUGGGUUGACUCGGUCGCCUUCUCACCGGACGGCCAGCGGCUUGCCUCGGGCUCGGGCGAUAAAACGGUCAAGAUCUGGGAUCCCGCGUUGGGGCAGUGUUUACAGACGUUAGAAGGCCAUUACGGCUCGGUUCACUCGGUCGCCUUUUCGCCGGAUGGCCAGCGGCUCGCCUCGGGCUCGUUCGAUAAAACGGUUAAGAUCUGGGAUCCCGCGUCGGGGCAGUGUUUACAGACGUUAGAAGGCCAUCGCGGCUGGGUUAACUCAGUCGCCUUUUCGCCGGAUGGCCAGCGGCUCGCCUCGGGCUCGCUCGAUAAUACGGUCAAGAUCUGGGAUCUCGCGUCGGGGCAGUGUUUACAGACGUUAGAAGGCCAUCGCGGCUGGGUUGACUUGGUCGCCUUUUCGCCGGAUGGCCAGCGGCUCGCCUCGGGCUCGGGCGAUAAAACGGUGAAGAUCUGGGAUCCCGCGUCGGGGCAGUGUUUACAGACGUUAGAAGGCCAUCGCGGCUCGGUUGACUCGGUCGCCUUCUUACUAAAUGUAAUGGAAAGCGCGUUUCAGCCGGAUAAUUCGGUGAAGGAUGGGUAUAGCUUGGGGCAGGAUGAGUCGUGGAUUACUUGCAAUAACAAGAAUGCACUGUGGUUACCAUCAGAAUACCGCCCGAGCUCUUCCACCAUUCAAGGGCGGAUGAUAUCUAUCGGCUGUUCAUCGGGACGAGUUUUCACUAUUAGCUUCUCACGUGAUGUUUAA